GGAAGUGCGAGCGGAGCCACGUGGGUGGAGCUGGCGCCGCGCAGGUCGCAUGGGGGAGUCUAUCCCGCUGUCCGCCCCGGUGCCGGUGGAACAGGCGGUGCUGGAGACGUUCUUCUCACACCUGGGCAUCUUCUCUUACGACAAGGCCAAGGACAAUGUGGAGAAGGAGCGGGAGGCCAACAAGAGCGCGGGGGGCAGCUGGCUGUCGCUGCUGGCGGCCCUGGCGCACCUGGCCGCGGCCGAGAAGGUCUAUCACAGCCUCACCUACCUGGGGCAGAAACUAGGGGGCCAGUCGUUCUUCAGCAGGAAGGACUCCAUCCGCACCAUCUACACUUCCCUGCAUAACGAACUGAAGAAAGUGGCCACGGGCCGAGGCGCCCCGGGCGGGACGGCUCCUCACGUGGAGGAGCUUCUCCCCCACCUGUCAGAGCAGCUCUGUUUCUUUGUCCAGGCUCGGAUGGAGAUUGCAGACUUCUACGAGAAGAUGUACACCCUCAGCACGCAGAAGUUCAUCAACGCGGAAGAGCUGGUCAGCGUUUUGGAUACCAUCCUCAAGAAAUACAGCUCCAGAUUUCACCACCCUAUCCUUAGCCCUCUGGAAAGCAGUUUCCAGCUGGAAGUGGGUGUGCUGAGCCAUCUCCUGAGGGCGCAGGCCCAGAUCUCUGAGUGGAAGUUCCUCCCUUCCCUGGUGACCUUGCACAACGCUCACACGAAGCUCCAGAGCUGGGGCCAGACCUUUGAGAAGCAGCGGGAGACCAAGAAACACCUUUUCGGGGGGCAGUCCCAGAAGGCCGUGCAGCCCCCACACCUCUUCCUUUGGCUGAUGAAACUCAAAAGCAUGCUCCUGGCCAAGUUCAGCUUUUACUUCCACGAGGCGCUGAGCCGCCAGACUACCGCUUCCGAAAUGAAAGCGCUGACUGCCAAGGCUAGCCCAGACCUCUUUGGAAAGAUCUCCAGUUUCAUCCGGAAAUACGACGCUGCCAAUGUGUCCUUGAUUUUUGACAACCGAGGCUCAGAGAGCUUUCAGGGUCAUGGCUACCACCACCCACAUUCCUACCGAGAGGCCCCCAAAGGAGUGGACCAGUACCCGGCCGUGGUGUCUCUGCCCAGCGACAGGCCGGUCAUGCACUGGCCCAAUGUCAUCAUGAUCAUGACAGACCGAACCUCCGACCUGAACAGCUUGGAGAAAGUGGUCCACUUCUAUGAUGACAAAGUCCAGAGUACCUACUUCCUGACCCGCCCAGAACCCCACUUCACCAUCGUUGUUAUUUUUGAGUCAAAGAAAUCUGAGAGAGACUCCCAUUUUAUUUCCUUCCUCAAUGAGCUCUCGCUUGCCCUUAAGAACCCCAAAGUGUUUGCAAGUCUGAAACCUGGGUCCAAAGGUUAGCAGGAGCUUGCACAAGGAUUUCCAAAACUGGACACAGUGUUCCUCGUUGCUCCAAGGGGCAACGGUAGUUUGUGAUUAGAAUUUCCAUCCGCUCACGCUUCUUUGGGAGCUGAGCCAGAGACAGAUCUUCCCUAAUCAUGUUGCACACUUCAUAAGCAAUUAAGACCAAGGAUGGAAUCUCCAAAGAGUAGCCUAGGUAGUGCCGUGGCUCCCCCGAGUCACGGUGGGGUGAAGUGGUGUCAGUAUUUUCCCAUUUCCCACGUCUCCUGUAGAUGGGAUAUUGAUCGGUCCUUCAUGUACCUUUCCAGAUCUUUUUGUUCUUAUUCUGAACAUUGUGCCCCAACUCACUUCUCAGCAUCCUCUCUCUCUGUCCCUGAAGAGCAGCCAGGAUACGACGAUACCAGAUGGGAAGUUUCAGUCUCAUUGACGCGCAUGUUAACCAGUUUGACAAGUUCAUCUAAUUAGUGUUAUGCUGUAAUUAGAACCUUGGUGAGAGAUUUCUAUCAGGUGGUAGAAGUGGUAUGAAGGUAUGAGGUGGAAGAUGAUCUCGGUUGCUAUCGACCUUAUGGCAACUCAACCAGCCACAGGCUCUCUUUUCAGGUGACCGCCACACACAUCUGCAUUUGUUGUUUUUACCUUUAAAACGCUUGGUGUUAUUCUGUUCGAAGUCAGCCCAAGCCAGCGUGCAGGGUCUCUCCACUCGGGUUUACCCGCUUGACGUCACUUCUCUGCCCAGCUGUGUUGACAUCUGGCCCUGUCCGGUUACUCUCAGGUUUAGAAAGCGGGCAGCCAUGUGUUUAUAGCCCUGUUUUAGGUUCUCACACAGCACAGCUUUUAUAAAAUCAAAAUGAUGGUCUUGAUACUUCGUGCGUGCUCAAAAUCAGUUGUCUCCAUAGUCCAGUGGCCUGGUCAGCCCUUCAGCACAUCUGGACUUCAUAGUCCAGUCCCAGGUCAGCCCUUCAGCACAUCUGGACUUGGUUCCUUGUCCUCUGCAGAUUAUGUUCACAUGCAGCACCAGGUGUCUGGGGACAGGCUGCUCUGUCCCUUCCUUCUGAGUGUGUUCACAGGGAAGCAGAGGGAUCAACAUGGGGAGUGUUUCUGGGUUAUUGAUUCAGAAGGAGAAGAAGCCACCAAGAAGAACUGAGCUGUUCUUGCUGGAUAUGUCCUUCAGAGCUCUGUGACUGUCCUGGGCAGCUCCAUGCUUUCCUCAUGGUUGUAUGGAGCCACUGUCUUGUGGGGUGUCCACAGAGCAUGAUGGCCACACCAGCAGAGUCAUGGAGCCCCUCCAAGGCCUCCUGGGCAAGUGUGGUCCUACCUGUAGAAGAAUCUACUGGCCAGUUUUCUGGACCCCCACCCCCCUUCACAUAAUCUUAAGCCAGUUUUCUAUAAACAGAAAGUAGUGAUUUCCUCUGCAUUUCCCCAGGUUCUAUACAAAUAUGAACAAAUUUUAUAAUAGUGACCUUACAUUAAAUUGAAAACAUUUGAAAUUAAAAGCUAAACCAUUUUCCUUCCUUUACGCUUUGCUGAGAAACUGAAAAAUAACCCUUGGUAUGAAUUUUUUUUUUCCUGGAUAAAACCACCAUUCGCCUUAAUGAUAUGGCUCCCUAGGUACCUAAAAAAUUACAGACUUCAGUGGACCAUGGAGGAAUGUAACUAAGAUACGCAUAUAUAAAAUACUGAAAAUGCUCAAAUAUAGACAUAUUUGAAUUGUAUAUUUAUUUUUAAGCAUAUUUUGAGUAAUUUAAGAGGUAUUUGCAAAGGACAGGAAGCAGAUGUGACUAUUAAGACAGCAGAACCGCCUGAGGCCCUGUGCGCUGUCAGGCAGUCCUGGAGGACCCUCAAAGAUGAACACUGAUGGUUUAUUUCUGAAGCUCCUCAAUAAAGUUUUCUAAUUACAUA